AUGGGUUGUUUAGAAUUUUGGGUUGUGAAUAGUUUCUUAGCAGCACUAGCAUUCGUAUGAUUAUAUAGUAGAAUUUUAGUUUAUACUAUUCUUAGUUGUAAAUGCAAAAACCCCAUUUUAUCCAUAUGCUGUGGCAGGAGGAGAAUCCAAGGAUUAUUCGAGAAGUGCCACCGCAUGUAUAAUUGCUGCAGCAGUAUAAUAUCGUUAAUAUUUAAGCUGUAUAUAUUUAUUGGGCUUGGUCUCUUAUUAUGGUAGAAAAACAGAGAGUAUAGAAUGGAAAAGACUAGAUAAUAUUAAGCAAUGACUAAACAAAAAACUAGUUUUGAUGAAAUAAUUCGAACUCAAUCAUCAAUUAAAGGACCACAAUUAGAGUUAUGAUCUAAUUAUUAAUUUAAAUA